AUGUGGGCCUUAAUUCUCUUCAUUUUAUUUUUAAUUAUUUUGAAAGAACUAAUUCAAAAGCCACCUGCGUAUCCUCCAGGCCCACCUUUGAUACCAUUCAUUGGGAAUUUAUUAUCAGUAUGGAUAAAUUUAAGAAAGUUAAAAAAUCAUCAUAUUUUAUGGCAAAAUUGGUCGCAAAAAUAUGGAAACAUACUCGGAUUACGAUUAGGUUUCGUUAAUGUGGUCAUCGUUUUCGGUAAAGAUUUAAUUAGAGAAGUAUCUACUAGAGAGGUUUUUGAUGGAAGGCCAAAUGGAUUAUUCUAUUUAAUGAGAUCAUUUGGAAAAAAGCUUGGCAUAGUAUUUAAUGAUGGGCCAACUUGGAACAAAACGAGGCGUAUGGUAUUGAAAUGCCUAAAAAAUUGCGGCUACAGUUUACGUAGUAUGGAAAAUACUAUAAGUAUCGAAUGUAAGGCCCUUGUAGAGUUGCGAAUGGCGGACGAAGGGAAACCUGUGAUAGUAAAUCAUAUGUUUGAUGUUUCAGUUGUUAACAUUUUAUGGAAACUAGUUGCUGGGAAAAGAUAUGACUUAAAAGACAAACAAUUACGAGUUCUUUGUGACCUUAUUACUAGAACUUUCAAAGUAGGGGACAUGAGCGGUGGUCUUUUAAAUUUUUUACCAUUCCUUCGACAUAUUAUACCAAAUUUGAUUGGAUAUACUGAACUGGAAGUAAUUCAUAAACAAAUAUACGAGUUCUUAAACAAUAUAUUAAAGGAACAUCAAGCUACAAUAGAUGUUAAGAAUCCAAGAGAUGUAAUCGAUAUGCUAUUAAUAGAAAUGAUGGAUCAACAAAAAGAAACCUUUUCCUAUGAAGAACUCCAAGUGAUUUGUCUCGAUUUGCUUGAAGCAGGUAUAGAAACAGUCAGUAAUACAGCAGUAUUCAUGUUACUUUACAUAGUACGAAAUCAGGAGAUACAGAAAAAGUUACAGAGGGAAAUUGAUACGGAAAUCGGACACUCUCGACAACCUACUCUUAAUGAUCGAUCCAGAAUGAUUUAUACUGAAGCUGUGUUACUAGAAACAUUACGUAUAUCAAGCGUAGCAGCAGUAGGCAUUCCUCACAUGGCGCUAGAAGACGCAAAGCUUGGAAAUUAUGUUAUACCUAAGGGGACAAUCCUUUUGCUAGCCAUGCACGAUUUACAAAAUGGUGAACAUUGGAAGGUACCUAAGUCUUUUAGGCCUGAAAGAUUUCUUACUGAGGAAGGGAAUAUAAUACAGGACGAGUGGCUCAUGCCCUUCGGAAGUGGUAAAAGAAGAUGCAUUGGAGAAGGAUUGGCGCGUUCGGAACUCUUUAUGUUUUUGACUCAUCUCUUACAAAAGUUUAACCUAAAGCUGCCAGAGGGUGAUCCUCUCCCAAGUACGGAUCCGAUCGACGGAGUCACACUUUCUGCAAGAGACUUCAAAAUUGUAUUUGAACCAAGAUCU